AUGUCAUCCCCAACAACAAUGAAGGCUAUGGUUAGCAACGCAUCAGGAGGCUAUUGCCUCAGCGGCGCCAUGCCGCAGCCUAGUCCAAGGCCAGGCAUGAUGCUAGUCCGCGUUGAGGCCGUUGCACUCAAUCCUUAUGAUACGAAGGUUAUCGAAUACGGCAUCAUCACUCCUGAACCCUACGUCGGAGGCUGCGACUUUGCUGGAGUUGUAGUCGCUGCUGGCCCCGGAGUUACACGAUUCCAACCAGGUGAUCCAGUGCUCAGUAUGCAUACACGCGGCGGCUUUGCCGAGUACGCAUUGGCUUUUGAGGAUAUGAGCUGCCGUAUUCCAAAAGGCAUGUCAUACAAUGAGGCCUGUUCUCUUGGUCUGGGUAUUGGAAUCUCAGGCCUGGCUCUGUUUCAGCAACCUGGACUCAAUCUGCCGUUACAACAUGGACACGACCUGGACGACAUGGACGGAAAUGCCCGGAUAAAUGGAUACACGAAUGGUCAUACAAGUGGCCAUACAAAUGGUAGUACGAAUGGCCACGGUCAAAGCGAAGAGGGUUCCAAGGAUCCUAUCAUAGUCCUCGUGGCUGGGGGGGCCUCAGCCUCGGGCACAAUGGCCACGCAGCUUCUCAAAUUGGCCGGAUAUAACCCCAUCGUAACAUGCUCACCAGCCAACAACUGCCUCUGCGAGUCGUUUGGAGCUUCGGCUUGCUUCGACUAUAACUCUCCAACGUGCGGCGCCGAUAUUCGUCUCCAUACAGACAACUCGCUUGCAUACGUUGUCGACUGUGUCACUAAUGUCGCUACGAUGACCAUGUGCUAUGAAGCAAUCGGCUCGCAAGGUGGUACCUACAUUGCGCUAGAUGCCACAGCUAACACAGUCAAGUACACGCGACGUGAUAUCCGUGCUGACUGGGUCAUGGCCAAUACCCUCCUUGGUGAGCCUUGCAAGCUCGAUGGUGUUUAUGGACGGCCCAGCGCCCCUGAACAUCGAGAGUUUGCCAGUCACUUUUUUAGACUAGCGGAGCGAUGGCUGGCUGAGGGCAAGAUUCGUAAUCAUCCUUUGGAAAUUCGUACUGGGGGCUUGGAAAGUGUUGAUUCUGGACUACAAGAUCUACGAGACGGUGUUGUCAGGGGUAAGAAGCUUGUUGUUCCCUUGAAUGUUGGGGCUUAA